AUGCGAUAUAUUCAAGACGACGCGAUGAAUUUAAACGGUGUUAUAUUGAGCGGAUUUUUGCUCAUCGCCGUCGCGAAUUCGUUCCCCCAAGUGAGUGACACCAGCAGUUUGGUAACAUCGACAACGACGACAACGACUCCCAGUCCUCCACCAUCACCAGACGCCAAUGAGGACCCCAAAGAGCACGAUGCUCCGGUUAUUCCGAAAAUAUACGAAAUGCGAGUGGACGCCAACGUUUCGAAUCGAUUUGCCAGAUGCCAAGUUACCAGCAAAGUGAAGAAUCUGGACAAAACUCCCCACGAAGCCACCUUCUCGGUCAUCAUUCCAGAAAAAGCCUACAUAUCCGGCUUCAUCAUGGAAAUCGACGGGAAACAGUACGAAGCUUACGUGCAGGAGAAGGAACGAGCCAAAGACACCUACAAAAACGCCGUACAAAGCGGACAAGCAGCUGCCCACGUGGCGGUCAGCGCGAGGGACUCCAACAGAUUCACGGUGUCUGUCAACGUGGAGCCCCAGAAAAAAGCCGUGUUUUACCUGAAGUACGAGGAGCUGUUGGAGCGACAGAACGGGAAAUACGAAUUGGUCAUCAACAUCCACCCGGGACAACCUGUUAAACAACUGGAUGUGCAAGUGAACAUCGACGAAUCCAGCCCGUUGAAGUUCGUCAGAGCACCUGCCUUGAGGUCCGGUAACGAAAUUAACAAGAAGAACGAUAAACUUAACCCGAACGCGGAUAUCGUUAAAACCAACAAAACCUCGGCUGUUGUUAAGUUCAAUCCGGAUAUCGAACAGCAGAAACAAUUCGCUGCUGGGUUGGGAACUGAAGAGGACAACGGAUUGGCUGGACAAUUUGUGGUAGAAUACGACGUUGAAAGAGACCCUCGUAACGGAGAGGUUUUAGUUGAUGGUGAUUAUUUCGUGCAUUUCUUCUCCCCGAGCGACCUUCCAGCUCUUCCCAAACAAGUCGUCUUCAUUUUGGACACCAGCGGUAGUAUGGAGGGAAUUAGAAUAUCCCAACUGAAAGAAGCGAUGAAGAGCAUCCUGCCUCAAUUAAAACCCGAAGAUAUCUUCAGCUUGGUCGAAUUCGGAUCUGUUGUUAAAGUUUGGAAUAUCCCUGACGUAGCUGUACAGUACCAAUCCGGUAUCGACACAUGGGGUUACCCGGGUGAAGAAGAAGCAAAUAGAAAUCUUACACAACAACCGCUACCUCCGCCUUUCCCUGCUACAGAAGACAACUUAAACAAAGCCGAUAAAGUUGUGGACAAACUGAAAGCUUUCGGCGGCACCGACAUCGACUCUGCCCUGAAAACCGGCCUGCAAAUCGUGCAAAAGAACCUCGAAGACACCAAACACCAGCCCAUUAUAAUAUUCCUUACGGACGGAGAAGCCACUGUAGGAAUGACCAACAACGAGAAAAUCAUCAAAACCGUGACCGAACUGAACACCGGCAAAACUCCCAUUUUCUCGCUGUCUUUCGGCGACGGCGCCGACAGGGAGUUCCUGCAGAAGGUCUCCUUGAAAAACCAAGGAGUCGCCCGGCACAUUUACGAAGCCGCCGACGCGUCCCUGCAACUGCAGGAAUUCUACAAGCAGAUAUCGUCUCCGCUUCUCUCCAACGUUACAUUCAAAUACAUCUCGCACGUGAAAGAGGUCACCAGGACCGCUUUCCCGAUAUUGUUCUACGGAUCCGAACUGGUCGUAGCAGGAAAACUGGACGAUGAGGCAUUCAAGCCUCCUGUGGCUGAAGGUUGGGGUGUAAAUGGCACGGUGAAAGUCACGCCAGCUGUACAACAAUCUGUUGGUAACUUGGAGAGACUUUGGGCGUACCUCACGUUGAAGCAGAUACUGGAAAAGCGGGACGCGGCCGAUAAUAAAACUGGUCUCACGCAGGAGGCUUUAGCGAUAGCGAUGAAGUAUUCGUUCGUUAGCGACGUUACUUCCUUGGUGGUCGUUAAACCCAAUCAAACUGAUGCUGUGGACACGGAAGAUGGUUCCCAAAACGACAAAAGAUACCCAAUAUAUGCCCAAGGAAGGCCACUUUCAGUGGCUACAAUCAAGGCGGGAAGUCCUUAUCUCAUGUCAGCAGCAGCUAGCGGUUUCCAUGCCAAGCCCAUUGCUUUCCAAUCCAACAAUUUCGCCACGGUUGGAGGAGCUGGAGGAUUUUCUGGACCUGUCCUUGAAUCAGACGAAUAUGACUACAGCGACCGCAUUUAUAAUGGAAUGCCACUAACAACGCCCUACCCUCCUGGCCCUCCUCUAUCGACUACUCACACUCCGCCUCUAGAACCUCAAGUUGUUAAAUCUGCGUUGGAAUUGCUCAAAGAGAAGCUUCCCUGGCUGGCUGCCGCGUUGGGCGAGGACGAGAGUAUCAAUCUUAAAGCAGGUAAAUUCAAACUGGGACUGAACGAGACGAUUUCUGCUCAACCGGAGUGCCCCAAGUCCGUAAGCGAUGCUCCCGGAACAUGCACUUUAAUAAAUAAAUGCCCGCAAGUUUUCACCCAGUUGACUGAUCUCCAGGUUUAUGAAAAGUAUUUCUGUGAUUUACAAGGAUUUGCCGGCGUUUGCUGUCCGAAAUAAGUGAGGAACUUCCUAAUUUUUUAUCUACGUAUUCUAAGUUAAUUGUACUUACUUUUGUAUUCGACUCAAUUGAUUAUAUUUUAAGACAAUUUUUAAAUCAAAGUUUAUUUUUUUUUGGCGAUAGUUAGGUACAUUAAAUUUUAUUAAUUUACAGCUUAAUUUUAGGGAUGCAAAAAUAUGAUACAGUUACUUAUUAUAAUUUACUGCUCUAUUUCUGAAUAGAUUGGUUACCUUUAAAUUAUUAAUUUGAAUUGAAAUCCAUUUCUUGUCAAUCUUUUGGUGAUUUAGCUUACUUCAGAUCCUUGUAUGGUUUCAUUUUAAACUUCUUCAAUAGUUAAUCUUUUCGGCAAUUUUUCCAAAGAAUCCGUAAUUUCCACGAUUUUCGUAGUCGAAACCAUCUUCGAAAAUUCCGCCCGUUCGAUUUCCUUCAUCACUAUAACAGUCGGUCGAAUAUUCUUCGCUACAAAUUUCGCACAUGGUAACAUCCUCGCUCUGCACAAUGUAUUUCUCAACGCUGAAAGAUGCCGUGGAGUUAUCCCUAUCAAGGAUCGAGUCGAUCCUCCCGUUGCUCCUGUGCGAUUUCA